AUCCGGAGCAAAAAAGAUCCUCUCCCAAUACGGCAAUACCCGUUUCUUCCUCCUUCAAAUCUCCCUCCCACGUCUGCGCAGAAAGGGACAGGCUUUUCCUUCCGUCUCCUCGAUUUCCUCGUUGCUCCCGUCCCGUCGGCCCUCUCCUCUCCUCUCGUCCCCCGCCCCGCCGCUUUAGAUCUCCCCGCCGUGGCCUCGGACUUGGUUUCGCCGAGCUCCUCUUGGGGGUCCAGCCGUCCAGGUCUCCGGGAGGGUUAUAUAUAAAGCGGAGUCCCUGAGGUGCGCUUCCUGAAGGUCCUGCUUCCUUGUUCGCCAUAAUGACUGCGGCUGCGGCGACAGCUCACCAUGCCAUAGUGUCUACACGAUCCACCCGGCUUUGGAAUGCCAAGAAUUCUAGGUUCGAUAAGAAUGUGUGUUUAGUUUCAGUUGGAAGUUGCUGCCCGGGAAACCGAAAAUUGGGUUUGCUUUGUGCAUCGGGCUCACAGUCUUCAGUCACGGAGCCUGUUCAGCAACCCUCCAAUGGCAAGGGUGAUCACAGCCCUAAGAAAUCAAAGGAAAGUUCCCUUAUAUUGAUCCGGCACGGUGAAUCAAUGUGGAAUGAGAAAAAUCUUUUUACUGGAUGUGUCGAUGUGCCCCUGACACCAAAGGGUGUCCAAGAGGCCAUCGAGGCAGGUUCAAGGAUACGCAACCUCCCAAUCGAUGUGAUAUAUACGUCGUCCAUGGUUCGUGCUCAGAUGACUGCAAUGCUUGCCAUGAUGCAGCAUCGGCGCAAGAAGGUUCCCAUCAUAAUGCAUAAUGAGAGCGAACAAGCUCACAGUUGGAGUAAGAUAUACAGUGAAGAUACAAAGAAACUGUCCAUUCCUGUUAUAACAGCUUGGCAAUUGAAUGAACGGAUGUACGGUGAGUUGCAAGGUCUUAAUAAGCAAGAAACUGCUGACCAAUUUGGCAAAGAACAAGUUCACGAAUGGCGACGUAGUUAUGGUAUUCCUCCUCCAAAUGGUGAGAGCCUAGAGAUGUGUGCAGAGAGAGCCGUUUCAUAUUUCAACGAUCAGGUUGUUCCUCAACUCACGUCUGGAAAGCACGUGAUGGUUGCUGCACAUGCGAAUUCACUUCGUUCAAUUAUAAUGCAUCUCGACAGAUUGACUUCUCAAGAGGUUAUCAGCCUCGAGUUGUCAACAGGCAUUCCUAUGCUUUACAUAUUCAAGGAAGGAAAGUUUGUUAGACGGGGCAGCCCAGUAGGACCUUCUGAAGCAAGCGUUUAUGCUUAUACAAAGAACUUGGCUCAAUACAGACAAAAGCUUGAUAGUAUGGUUCAGUAGAAGGCUUUCUAGAUUAGUAGUGUUGUAGUAAAAUAAAACUCUUAUAUGGGCCGGAUCGUAAAUUCUACGUGGCGACGAUCGAGUCAACAUUUCCCAAACACAAGUCAAGACGUCCACGUGGCGCGGUCAAUCUUACGUGGCAAAGGAAGACAAGUCAACAAGUCAGCCUCUCAUGCCAUGGUCAAAUGGUCAAAUGAGUUAGAGUAGGGGGCAAGAAAGGUGUGAGGAGGGGGCCCUUAGUCCAUGGUGGACUAUGGAUCAAGCCUCACUUUUCUCACAUGUUGCACACAAAAGUUAUGAACCAAGAAGCUAUUUUUAUCAUUUUGCCCUCACUCUUUUCUCUCCCUCAAGGGUAGCCAUGGUCUUUUGUCAUGGACUCUUAGGCUAUAAAUACCUUUUCAUGGGGGCAUGUAACAUUCACUUUCACUUGAAUAAACUCAAGGGGAGAGUGCUA